AUGAGCCCCAAACAGCAUUGUGUCAAACUAAAUGAUGGCCACUUCAUUCCUGCCCUGGGCUUUGGCACCUAUAAACCCAAUGAGGUUCCCAAGAGUAAGUCACUGGAGGCUGCAUGCCUAGCCCUAGAUGCUGGAUACCACCAUAUUGAUACUGCUUAUGCAUACCACAUAGAGGAGGAGAUAGGACAGGCCAUUCAAAGCAAGAUUAAAGCUGGGGUUGUAAAGAGAGAAGACCUGUUCAUCACUACAAAGCUUUGGUGCACUUGCUUUCGACCAGAGCUGGUCAAGCCUGCUUUGGAAAAAUCACUGAAAAACCUUCAACUGGAUUAUGUUGAUCUUUACAUUAUGCAUUUCCCAGUGCCAUUUAAGCCAGGGGAUAAUGAUUUUCCAGUAGAUGAGCAAGGGAAAUCUCUAUUGGACACUGUGGAUUUCUGUGACACAUGGGAGAUGUUGGAGAAGUGCAAGGAUGCAGGAUUGGUGAAGUCCACUGGGGUGUCCAACUUUAACCACAGGCAGCUGGAACGACUCCUCAACAAGCCAGGACUGAAGUACAAACCUGUCUGCAACCAGGUUGAAUGUCAUCUUUAUUUGAACCAGAGUAAGCUACUGGAUUACUGCAAAUCAAAAGACAUUGUUCUCGUUGCUUAUGGUGCUCUGGGAACCCAACGAUAUAAAGAAUGGGUGGACCAGAACUCCCCAGUUCUCUUGAAGGAUCCAGUUCUUGGUGAUGUGGGCAAAAGGAACAAUCGAAGCCCUGCCCUGAUUGCACUUUGGUACCUUGUUCAGCGUGGGGUCGUGCCCCUGGCCCAGAGUUUCAAAGAGAAUGAGAUGAGAGAGAAUUUGCAGGUAUUUGAGUUUCAGCUACCAUCAGAGGAUAUGAAAAUCCUAGAUAGCCUGAACAGAAAUUUAAGAUAUGCACCUGCUCCCUGUAAUGGAAAGGGACACCCAGAAUAUCCCUUUUCUGAUGAAUUUUAA